UAACCGUCUCUCUCAGUAUCUCACUCGCCCUCUCAACUUUCACACUGUGUCGCUCCCAUUCUCUCCUCCGCUAGGGUUUUAGGGUUUUCUCUCCAUUCCUACUCCCAGCCUCCGCAAUCCUAAAAUUCCGGAAUGGAAAGCUACCGGAGAGUCGAGAAGCCGAAGCCGGAGCUCCCAAUCAGCGAGAACGAGAUCCGAAUCACCACCCAGGGCGCCAUCAGAAACUACAUCAGCUAUGCCACCACUCAGCUCCAGGAUAAACAAGUCAACGAAAUUGUCUUGAAAGCAAUGGGACAGGCAAUCAGCAAGACAGUGGCUAUUGCUGAAAUCAUAAAGAAGAGGGUUCCAAUGUUGCAUCAAGAUACUGCCAUCAGCUCUGUAAGCAUAACUGAUGUAUGGGAACCUAUUGAGGAGGGUCUUGUACCUGUGGAGAUGACUCGCCAUGUGUCAAUGAUUUCAAUUACACUAUCAACUAAGGAGUUAAACACAACCUCUGCGGGAUAUCAAGCUCCAUCUCCCCUAGACCAAUCAAAGCCACAGCCCAAUUACCAACAACAGCAACCAAGACAAGCUCGUGGUCCAUACAAUGCUGUCAAUGAAGAUUCAUAUGGUCGAGGACGGGGACGUGGUAGAGGCAGAGGUCGUGGCAGAGGUGGAGGAUACGGCAACUAUCAAGGUGGAUAUGGCAACUAUCAAGGGGGAUAUGGAAACUAUCAAGGAGGUGGUUAUGGAAGCUAUCAAGAUAAUGGUGGGUAUCCAAAUCGGGGAAGAGGUGGUGGACGAGGCAGAAGUUGGCCCAAUCGUGGUUCUGGUGGUUAUGAAAGAGGUUCAGGACCUUCAGGUGGCUAUGAAAGGGGUUCAGGUGGCUAUGAAAGAGGUUCAGGUGGCUAUGAAAGAGGUGCCGGUGGCUAUGAAAGAGGUUCAGGUGGCUAUGAAAGAGGUGCCGGUGGCUAUGAAAGAGGUGCCGGUGGUUAUGAUAGAAAUGCUGGAUAUGAAAGAGGUGCUGGUGGAAAUGAUAGAGGUGCUGGUGGUUAUGAUAGAAAUGCUGGUUAUGAAAGAGGUGCCAGUGGGAAUGAUAGAGGUGCUGGUGGCUAUGAAAGAGGUCCUGGUGGGUAUGACAGAGGUACUGGUGGUUAUGACAGGGGUACUGGUGGUUAUGAAAGAGGCAGAGGUCAAGGGGGCAGAGGAUAUGGUCGUGGGAGGGGACGGAUGGGUGGACGCUCUAGGGGUGGUGCGAACCAGGCAUAACUCACAGUAGGUGAUAUUUUUUGCUUUCGCUAUGUGCAUGCCUUUUGCCCAUGAGGGUGAGUUUUUAUCAGAAUGCUGUUUGAAUAGCGUGAAAUGUGGCUUACAAUAUUUGGCGUUGUUAGAACAGUUUCUAUUUUGAUGUUUUGCUGCUCCUGCAUUAUGUUGAUAAAGUGCAUGUGGACAUGGGCAGGCUUGUUUUGGUUGCAUUUAGCCAAGUGAAAAAUGGUCGGUUUUGGUAUUGCUGUAAUUCAUUUCACAAUUUAUUGUUGGCAAUAUUGUAUUUAGAGCUUCCUUACAAUA